AAACAAUCACGUACUGACAGUGUUGAAACAGAAGGAGGCGACAGUGCAUCCUGCGCCCACCAACAGCUCACAGCAGCAGGCCUGAUGACAGCAGCUGUAGCAACGACCCCUGACUGUUGGUUACACCUACAGUGAUUAACGUUACAGCAACAUCCACAGCAAAGUGUCUAAUGCCCGAGUUUUUACCAUUCAGCCAACCUUUUCAGCCGCUUGAAUAAGGGCCUGUCAAAUAGCCGGAGCUGACCUUGUGAGGGUGGUGCCAGAUGGAUCAUGGGGGUCAGCUUGAGAGGGAGGGCAGAGUAAUGUCACAAGUUCAGGUGAGCGGGGUGGACGUCUGUGAUAACCUUCCCAACCCUGAAGCUCUCACUGCCCAAACUCGCAAUCUCAACCAGCCAAACACGCUCCCAGAGAUUCAAAGUCUCUGUCCUUCACAAAAUGAAGAGGGAGGAGGGAUCAUCCAAAAAGCCCCAGUCAACAACCAUGGGAAGGACAUCGAGAAGGAGCAUGGAAGAGGCAGAGAGGAGGAUGAGGAAGAAGACAUUGAUGAGGUGAUGAAGGAAGAAGAGGAAGAGUCAGAGGAAUCAAGCUGUCUAAUUCGCUGCCAGUCUCCAGACACUCCCAUGACUGAUUCCUCCUAUUCAGAAACCGGCAGUCUGUUGGACAAUCCAUAUGCUUUCAGCCCUGGGACCAGUCCAGAGCCUACAUCUCCUGUCAUUCCAGUGGUCAGUCCAGAAACAGCAUAUCCCACCAGUCAAGUGGAACUUAGCCAGAGUGAUGUCAAAGUGGACUCUCAUAAUACUAAAUCAGUUGCUUCCACCACAGGGUCCAUUACACUGGGACCCACCUUCACCACAGGGCCUAUAGAUUCUACUGCACUUGCUAUAACCUCAGACACCAUUCCUACCAGCCCACCUGGGCCUACAUGUAUCGCAGAAGCUACAGACAGCAUAGCAAAAAAUACCAACUUCACUACAGAUCAUGUAACCUCCUCCACAGAGCCCGUCUUCAACCAGGGGCUCACAUGCGCCAGAGGCUUUGCCAGCUCAUAUGCAGGAUCUAUCACCUCAACUGCAGAGACAUUUACAGUAACUGCUUGCACCACAAGGCUUAACACUUCCGCUGCUUCCACCCCUAUGAGUGCAACAGGACCCCUUACCUUCACCACAGGGCCUAUGGUUACCUGUACAGAAUUCAUUACCACCACAGGACCAAUAACGUCAAAUUGGGAACACAUUACCUCCACACCAGUGCCCACUUGUUUCUCAGUCUCCAGCUGCACCACAGGGCAUAUUCCAAGCCCUACCCUGCUGGAGUCUCUGGAAGAGUUGGCACAAAGAGGAGAUGACACUCACCUACCACAGUACCUUCACCAGAUUGCCGAGGCCUUUGUCCUUCACGAAGACUACCAGCGGGCAUUAUGGUGCAUCCAACUAGAGAGACUCUAUCACCAGAGAGUAUUGGACAAUCUGAAUGCACUACAAGAACAGUGGGAAAGUCAGUGUAGAGGUUCUUUCUCAGACCUGGCAACCCAACAUCUGGACACUCUUAAAAACAUCUGUGAAACGCACAGUCGACCAGGAGCUAGAGAUGCUGUGUGUGCAUCUCUGGACCUUUUGAGGCCUGCACUGCCUUCAUGUACCUCAGCCCAUCAGGAUGACAAAGAGAUAGAGCAGAGAGCCGGAGACUCCUCCUGUUCUCAAAACAGCCAUUCAGUCAUACCAUCCUUUAAUUUGACUGAUAGGCUCAAUUCCCCUGAUAUCUCCGAAAAGAACAAGGAAGACCCAGACUGGGAAGUAGAGGGGAAGGACUGUUUCUAUGGAGAUCAGCUGACUGACAAGCAAGGCAGCGACAAAGAGGGAGGAGAAGCAGGAGUGGAAGGAUACACCAUUUCCGUCAUAGGAAAUGGACUGCACCCCUCUACAGCUGGAGAAAUGGAUCAGCCCAAGCCUGCAGAGCAGCAGGGAGGAGAUUUAGGUCCUGCACAGGAAAAGGAGGCAAAAAGAGGCGAAGAGGAGAGGGACGUGGCGGAGGCAGCUGAGACUUUGGAGAUGCAAGAUGAGGGAGAUGGAGAAGAGGAGGAGAAGGAAAGAGACUCUCCUCUAUGUCAGAAAGCUCUCCUAGUGGAGACUCUGGUCAGUAGGGCAGAGGUAGAGGUACAACAGCUGCACCAGGAAGCCCUAACUGAGGAGAAGCGACAUGAGGAGACCCAGGAGGCUUACAUGAAGCAGCAGGAGCAGGUGGAAGAGGGGAAGGAGGACGAGGAAGAUGAGGAUGAGGAGGAUGAGUACGAAGUUGAGCAAGUUGACAUCAUUAGAGAAGCUGCCUCGCUGGACGACCUGGCUAAACUCAUCACUGUAGAGGAGAUGUCUCCUGCCUCUGGCCUGGUUUCCAUAUUGAAAAAGCGGCGAGUUUGUGUGGACAACAGGAGUGUGUCUGCCAGCUCAGAGCCCCGACACGACAACAUCCCUACCAAAAGACGCGUCCACUUCAAAGUCCCUGAAGAUGGCUAUGAGCAUGAUGUUGGCGGUGGAGACUCCUGCCUGCUUCUCUUCCUGCUGUGUCUGGUUACCGUAGUGAUCAGUGUGGGUGGCACCGCCCUUUACUGUGCUCUGGGCGAUGUCCACUCCUCAGUCUGUCAGGACUUCUCCAGAAAUGCAGACUUCUACAUGGGCCAGAUACAGCACGGGAUAGCUCAGAUCCAACACUGGUUUGCCCCCCGGUCAUAGCAGUAAAGAGUUUGUCAACAUUGUGGAGCCACUGGCCUUACUGUUUAUUACUGUGGGCUCCAGCAGCCCCUGCUACUUCCUGGGACAAAGCUUUCUGAGGUAAUGGUACCAGGUCGUUGCUCGAUCCCUGCCAAUGGGGAGCAAGUGGCUAUUAUGCUGCCUAAUUGGCUAAAUGAUUAUAUCAGAUGCAGUUGGUAUUUGUAAGCCUGCUCUACUGCAUUUUUAAUGCUCCUUGAAUACAAUCUUAGGGUUCAUUGAGCCUAAAAGUCAUAGGUCAGAUGUACCUUUUACAAAAGUAGUUUGAAAGGGUAAGUAGAGCGAAGAGAGAAAGCGGAUAGAAUGGAGACUGCUGAGCAAGAACUGACCUAUAGUACACCCAUCUCAACCCUGCCCAGAUUAAAGAGCUUAUAACAUUUUAAGCUAAGUUUAGAAAGUGUCAAAAUGAACUAGUCGAGAGCCGCGCACACGUUCACGGUCAACCAGUGAUAGUUUUAAAAGCCCCCGGUAGAUGGAUCAACCAUGACUGGAAACAAACUUUCAUUGACUCGACUCCCUCUGUUAAGAAUAAGAACAAAGUAAUAACGGCUGCAACCCACGGAGAUGUAAAAAAGUAUGUAUAAUGUAUAGUUUGUUAACUAAGGGGCACAUAGAUGCUCUCUACACACACACUGCACAAGUGGGAAGUGGCCCAAUGGGCAUUUUACAAACCGCUGCAACCACUAGUGUUGCUUUUUAUUGUUGACUUUUUAAAAUCGCAAAUGAAAUUUUAAAAUGAACAUACCAUUCUUUGUUCUACUACUUGGAAUGAAAUCAUUAUGUCUUAAUCAACCUUUGAAUGAACAUUUGGAGUUUAAUGUUAAACUUUGCUUUGUAUCACCUCUGGGGCAUUUAUGUAUCAUUCACAUUUGACACGAGUGUCCUGUCGCUGCCCUUUUCUGUACAACUUUUUGCAGUGAGCUGACACGGCUGCCACUGGAGACUAAAAGUCCAAACUAUCCGUUUAUGGGUUUUAACGAGCUAGAUUAAGCUUUGUGUAGCAUAUGCAACAUGUACAGCAACACAGUGCACCUAUGUAUAUAUUGUCAGAAGAAUGUUUAACAUGUUGCACAUGGUACAAUUUUUUUUUUUUAAAAGAUAUUGCAAUAUUUCUACAGGAACUCUUGUGUUGGUCCUGGACUAAAUGCACGUUGUACAUGAUUUGAUCAGAAACAAAACAAAAAAAUCCAUGUUUCAGAUUCAGUAUGAAAAGUUCAUGCCAGUGAACAACAGUUAUGCACAGAUAACUUGAACAGAAAAUACUCAACUCUUAAGCGGGUCUGGCUAGGUAUGGAAUAUUUCUGGAGAAAAAAAAUAACAACCAGAAAAAUCUGAAUUGUACAGUAGGAAACAAGAAUUAUUCAGUGUACUCAAUCAGUACAGGCCUUGAUGUUGUUGGGAUCAUUUGAAGCUCUGUCUGCCUGUUGUUGCUGUUCUUAGGGAUUCUGGGCAUCACCCUCAGUGUGUGAUGGUCAAUGUUUACUAUUUUUUGUUUUCCAAAAAUAAUUCUUUGCGAUUCAGAAUGCUUUUUGCCACCACUUAUCCUCCUUAAAGACUCAGUCAUCUAGUUAACAUUUGCCAUGUCCGUUAAACAUGUGUCUAAUGUGUUUACAUCUGCUGAGUCCUGGUUUGAUAGAGAAAGAAGACCUUUCUCUGGGUGGAGAACUGAUUUCCUCAUAAGACAGAAAAGGCGUACACUUCAUUAUCACAACAGUGCUUCAACUCUUAUUUCUUAUCAAUUUAUUUGGGUCAUUUUACUGCUUAAUCUCACUUCUUGCCUUGUCAGGCAUCCAUACUUUUUAUCAACAUAUUGCAAUGUUUGGUGUCUUGGUAAUUAUUCCUUUCAUGUGGUGUAGCAGUGGAUGCCAUGAAAACUGCCCUAGAUAAACCCCGUAUCUCACAAAGGUCUUAAUUGUCAGGAUGUAAAGAAAAAAAACUUCCAUCAAAGAGAAGAGAUCAAGUGUCUUACUUACUGUAUGCAUUUAUAACCGUAUUAUCUUCCUCUCAUGGUGUGUCACUCACAAAAACCCGAAAAUCUGUUUAAGAUAUGAGGUUGUCGUGGGACGUAUAAGGAGUAGUUGAUUGAUUAUUGUUUUUAUUUGCACAUGACAUUGUCGUCUGGCUGGUUCAGAUGACCAUCACUCAGAAAACCACUUAUUUAUCUUCUAGAUGAUUUUAAUUAUUUAUAAUAGGAGGCGUGUCGAGCGUAGGUGGUUAAGAAAAUAAUCUUCUGUUUGCUUUCUUCUUAUUGUCAUUUUACAUCAGGUAGGUUUUUCAUCUCUUAUAUCACCAUUGUUCUUAAGGAGGCUUUGACAGAGAAUAGAUUUUUCUAAUUUUAUAACCGAACUCUUCUGAAUACCAACGUCUGGGUUGUUUAUUUUCAUUCAUUUUCCCUUUUUCAGUUCCUGAAAAGGAUUUGAAACUGGUGAGUUUGUGCUACUGCUGUCAUCGUCUUCACACACCGAUUGCUAAAAGGUUCAUGUUUCUUACAUCUGUAAGCACUGGAUAUAUUUUCAUUUGUUUUACCCAAUUGGUUUUUAACAGUAUGGCUGAACAAUUUGACAUUAUUUGACUGAUAUUGCAAUUGGGAUAUGAUUUACAAUAUCUGAUGAAAUGAUAAUUUUUGCUUCAUUAUUCUCAAUUUCAUAAAAAAAAUUUUUUUUCUGAGAUUCUUUCUUAAGUGUGUAGAAAUGUACUACAAUACUUAAUUCAGAAUGGUAUUAUGAUGAUAAAAAAUAUUCACAUCAUGCGAUUUGGAUAUUGCGAUUUCCAUAAAAAUCUGACGAAUUGUUCUGGCCUAUUUAACAGAACAUUCAGAAAUGAAUGAUAAGUCAUGUUUUUUUGUGUACGAAUCAGUACUGUGUACCACUGUUAGCCUAAAAGAGGUGCUUUAUGUAAUGUUUGAUGAACUCUUUCACUUUGUUCUUACAGAUUGUAAUAAGGAGAUGAGGUUUUUAUUUUUUGUUGUUCCUAUAUGUCUCCUGUUAAAGCCAUUGGAAAAAAAAAAGUUGUUUGUGAGCCUCUAUUCUGUUUCCUGCAUUAAUACUGGCAGCUUCUCUUGUUCAUACAGUUGGAAUGUAACCUGAACUUCUGUUAGUGUGCAGAGCUUAAAAAUGUACAGGUGAAAGAUGUGUUAAAGGAGGAUGUCUGUAAGUCACUAUGGAUGUGAGUGUCUCAAUCCUAGUAGCAAUGCACUUAGGAUGGCAUGAUUUAGCAGAAACAACUCAUGCCUUUUAAACAGUUGGCCAGUUAAUAUGCUAUGAUCACUUUCAAGGUUUUUUCGUGCAACGUGUGGAGGACAUUAUGAAUAAGACUAAAACUUUCAAGGGCUAUAGUCACACACUUUUAUAUUGCCAUUUUUAAUAGCCCUGCAGUACAUUUCCAUGUGCCCCUAUUGUAGUCUUCUCUGACACAGGAUGCCUGUUUAAUUAGCUGGAAAAGAAACCCGCUUAUUAGUCUCUGAGCUAAAACGUUAAGAUGUGACACGUAUCAAUUCAACUUUCAACCAAAUGUUUGUUCAAUCUUCUUUUAAUUACAAUGAUGGUUACCAACUUAAGACUGCUUGCAGUAGUUUAUUGUUGGCCACUUAGGAUUGCUCUUGAUAUUGCAAUAAUUUCCUCUUUGAAAUAUUUCAACUUAGAAUAUUUUUGUUCAUAUUGACUAAAGUCAGGUGGUGUGUUGAGAGGCUGUUGUGGGUUCGGGAAUUACUUUGUUGGGAUUGCAAAGACCAGUUUGAUGAGAAGAUUUAAAUGCGACUAAAAUAAAAAUCAACUGCUUCCACAGA